GAUGAACUGACGGAGGCAGAUGAUCUGCUGUGGCCACCUCCUAAAGUGAGAGGCUGAGAGAAGAAGAAGAAGACGCUGGCUAAAGAGGUAUUGCAGGGAAAUGACAGAUAAGUAUUUCCUGUCCGGAUGAGUCAUAACAGGCCGGCCGGCGUCUGAUAUCCGCUUUUACAGCAGCACACAGGAACCUCGCUGCAACACAAGAGAGCAAGAGAGAGCUAAACGUCAGCCUCUUCAUCAUUGUCCUCCUCACCAUCGUCGUCAUCAUGUCGGUACCGCAGAAGCGCGAGGCAACAUCCUCCGUCCAGUUAUGCAGGAUCAUGCGUCCAGACGAUGCCAACAUCGUGGGCAACGUCCAUGGCGGACACAUCCUCAAGAUGAUCGAGGAAGCUGGUUGCAUCAUCAGCACAAGGCACUGCAACACACAGAAUGGGGACCGCUCUUUGGCUCUUCUGGUCCGGGUGGAGAAGACAGAGUUCCUGUCUCCUGUGUUCAUCGGUGAGGUUGCCCACGUGACGGCUGAGAUCACGUACACCUCCAAGCACUCAAUGGAGGUGCAGGUCAAAGUCAUGGCUGAGAACAUCCUCACAGGUGCCAAAAAGCUGGCCAACAAGGCAGCGCUGUGGUACGUCCCCUGCUCGCUGCAAAAUGUCGACAAGAUUACGGAGGUGCCUCCCAUCAAGUAUGCCAGUGCAGAGGAAGAAGAGGAGGGCAGGAAACGCUACGAGGGUCAGAAGAUGGAGAGACUGGAGACCAAACUGAGGAUUGAAGCCGUGGCGUCCCCUUCACCCAACCCAGAAAAGCACACCGUUGGUUUCAGCCAGUCCAGCCUGAUCCAUCUUGUGGGGCCGUCUGACUGCACCAUACAUGACUACGUUAAUGGAGGUGUGACCAUGAAGCUGAUGGACGAGGUCGCCGGCAUAGUGGCAUUUCGACACUGCGAGACAAACAUUGUCACCGCCUCUGUGGAUGCCAUCAACUUCCAUCAGAAGAUCAAGAAAGGCGCUGUGGUGACCGUGACGGGCCGCCUCACCUUUGUCAGUGGCAGGUCAAUGGAAAUCGAAGUGUUGGUAGAUGUUUCCCCACUGAUCGCGGCAGAAAAAGGGAAAUAUCAUGCCGUCUCUGCCUUCUUCACCUUCAUCUCCCUGGAUAAGGACAAUAAGCCGCUCCCUGUUCCUCCUCUUAAGAUUGAAGGAGAGGAGGAGCAGAGACGUUUUGAAGAGGGCAAAGCACGUUACCUCCAGAAUAAAGCGAAGAGACUUGCCGAACAGCAGCGCCAGCAGUGACGCCGCUGCGUCAACAAAACAUCACGACGCCUGCGACGACCGACCCCACACACGUACAAUAUGAAGGAGUUGGCAUCCCUCUCUCCUCCUCUGUAACCGUAUCUUCGUGUUAAUGUUAAACCUGUGAUUGUCCUUAUUUGUGCUGUGCACCACAGUGUCCACAAAUAUCUCUAUGUGUAUAUAAAAGUCAGAGUACAUAUUUAAAUUUGAUGGGAUUUUUAUUAUCGUAUGAAGACCGUUCAUGCUCACUGUCAUUGCAAAGUGACAGCCCGUGUGUACAGUUGGAGUCAUGGAACUAUUUUGUUGUACGAAGGUUUUUAAGUAUGAAGACUUGAUGCAGAGUGAUAGUCUGAGCGCAAGGAAAAAAAUCAUAAUUAAGUGAGUAAAUAAUGAUAAAUAAAAGAUCCAAGCGUGA